CCCCCCCCACACACCCCUCCUCUCUCUCUCUCUCUCUCUAUCUCGCUUUCUUUUAUCCUUAUGAGGGUGUACUUUCUUUCUUUCUCGCUUUUCUAAUAUCGUUGAUCUCUCUGCGUCUCUGAACGCUUUCUGUUCCCCUUCUUAUUAGUUCAGAAGCAAGUGUCCCUUCUUAGUUCAGCAACCCAAAACGAGGAAUCUAUCAAAUAAAAGGGAAAAGAAAUCGAAAGGUCCAAGGGCUAUCACAGACAGACACAGGGGGAGAGAGACAGAGAGAGAGAGAGAGCGAGAGAGAGAGAGAGCGAGAGAGACACACUCACAGAGAGAUACCCAUGUGCGUUUGGUUCCUUGUUGUGUUAUUAUGAGCAAUAGAGGGCUUGUUGAGUUUUAGGCCUGCUUGUGGUGUGGCUUUGAAUCUUUCGUGGUGUGGGGGGGGAGAGAGGGGGAGUCAUGGCUGGUAGUAAUGAAGUCAAUCUCAAUGAAUCCAAGAGGGUUGUGCCACUCAAUACAUGGGUACUCAUCUCCAAUUUCAAGCUAGCUUACAAUCUCCUGCGCCGUGCCGAUGGAACAUUUAACCGUGAGUUGGCAGAGUUUCUUGACCGGAAAGUCCCCGCCAACACGAUUCCGGUUGAUGGGGUUUUCUCCUUUGACCAUGUUGAUAGAGCCACCGGCCUUCUUAACCGGGUUUACCAGCCUGCACCAGCAAAUGAGGCUCAAUGGGGAAUUGUAGAUCUUGAGAAGCCCUUGAGCACUACCCAGAUUGUCCCGGUCAUAAUUUUCUUUCAUGGUGGAAGCUUCACCCAUUCGUCAGCCAACAGUGCUAUUUAUGACACUUUUUGUCGCCGCCUUGUGAGCACCUGUAAAGCUGCUGUGGUUUCUGUAAAUUACCGCCGAUCACCUGAACAUAGAUACCCCUCUGCCUAUGAUGAUGGCUGGGCUGCUCUCAAGUGGGUUAAAUCAAGAUCAUGGCUUCAGAGUGGGAAGGAUUCCAAGGUUCAUGUAUAUUUGGCUGGAGAUAGUUCUGGUGGUAACAUUGCUCACCAUGUAGCAGUGAGGGCAGCUGAGGAAGAAGUUGAGGUAUUGGGUAACGUCCUUCUUCACCCAAUGUUUGGUGGGCUAAAGAGAACUGAAUCAGAGAAGAGAUUAGAUGGUAAAUACUUUGUUACAAUUCAAGACCGUGAUUGGUAUUGGAGAGCUUAUCUUCCUGAUGGGGAAGAUCGAGACCAUCCGGCAUGUAACCCGUUCGGCCCGAGAGGGAAAAGCCUUGAAGGACUCGAUUUUCCUAAGAGUCUUGUUGUUGUAGCUGGUUUGGAUCUUGUCCAAGAUUGGCAAUUGGCUUACGUUGAAGGGCUCAAGGAAUCUAGCCAAGUUGUGAAACUUCUUUAUUUGGAACAGGCCACCAUUGGAUUCUACUUCUUGCCAAAUAAUGACCAUUUCUAUUGCCUCAUGGAGGAGAUAAGCAACUUCGUGAAUUCUAACUGUUAAUAGACUCUACUUAACCUCACCAACAGCAGCCAUACAUAACAGAUGCUUGACAUUUCACUUGGGUUCUUUUUUUUUUCUUCUUCUUUCAGUGGUGGUGUGUAGUUAUAUGAUUGUGUAGUAUUUACUCUUACUCUGUUGAACCUGCCAUCCAUGGUGAUGACUAGAGAGUUCUGCAACUCCUGGAGGUUACUGUCUCUGUUUCUUACGUGCAUAAAAAGGUAUUAUAUAUAUCAGGGAAGGCCAGUUUUAGCAGCCCGGAGGAAUCAGUACUCAUUUCAUUGGAUUCGUGGGAUUUGGCUGAACCGAACCACCAGAGAUAUAUAAAGCCUACCCUUGUUAACUUCCGGCCACGAAUAACGGGAAGAGAGAAGUAUUGGGGUAAUCGUUUGGUGGUUGAACAAUCGGUUCUAGUAAAAUGGAUAUCAUUAUAAGCACUAAUUUCAGGACAUGGACUGGAAAUAUAUCCUAUCAUGUAAUGAACUUGUAUGUUAUACUUGUGUUCUAGCUAUAUAAAGAUUUUGUUUGCCCUUUUUCUCUAUAA